AUGCAGCUGCGCAGAGAGAGACAGCCUGCUCCGUCCAGCCAAGGUAACUCAAGCACUGGCAUUGCCAAGGUAAACGCGGAUCCCAACUCCAAAGAAGUUCUGCGGCUUCCGAGUGACAUUGCCACAACUGAUCGGAACUCAUUCUCUGGCAACGACCUUGAGUCCUACAUCGCAUCUUAUGCGACUGUCCCCAGCUUCCAGACCGACCUCCCGGCAACUGGCUGCUGCUCCUGGCUCGUCAUCGUCGAAGACUCCUACAUCAGACGUGGUUGGAACGUGGUGGUUCUGUUUCUGCUGUUGUACACCGCGACAUAUUUCCCCUUCCAGCUUUGCUUCAUUGACCUCCGUGUUCCAAUUGAAAUCACGAUCGUUGAGGAGCUUUUUGACCGUCCCGUCGACUUCGCGGUCAACUGUCUGUUCUACCUUGACCUGGUCUUGAACUUCUUCAUUAGUUAUCGGGAUACCAAGGGAGUGGAAGUGAUGGAUCUCAGAAAGACUUCCUGGUACUACCUCAGGACCUACUUCCUUCCGAAUCUAGUGGCUUGCAUCCCGCCGCAGCUCAUAGAAGCGAUGUUCCAUCAAGAUGUGCGCGGCGAUAUCUUGGAGGUAGCGCGCUUCAGCCGUUUGCAGCGGAUCUCCCGCUUGGCACGGCUCGUGCGCCUCGUGCACCUCUCGAAGCUCCUGAGGUUCAUGGAUGACAGCCCUGUCAUGAUGCAGCUGAGAAAUCUCCGGGGUGUGCGGAUCAUCAACCUGUUCUGCACAUUAUCCUGGGUUGCGCACAUGGUUGGCUGUGGCUGGUACCUUUGUGCAGCUCUCAACGGUUCCAUCGAGCUGGAGGACACCUGGCUCGGCAUGCGAGUCAUCGAUAGCCAGGGCUCCACCCUCCUCUACAAGAGCGAUGGCUCACGACAGGACCCCGAGGUGCAGUGGCUCAAUGCAUUUUACUUCGUACUGACGGUCUUCACGACUGUCGGAUUUGGAGACAUGUCAGCAUACACCACCGCUGAAAUGGGCUAUGUUUGUGGGACGAUGCUCCUGGGUGCUAUCGUGAACAGCAUCAUCCUCAACGAAGUCAUCGGGACGCUCACACGCCUGGAUGAGAGUGCAUCUCGAGUAAUGCAGCAGAUACAGGUUGUCCAAGACUUUUCCGAGCACUGCAAUCUCAGCAGGACCUUGCGAAAUCAGCUCGUCAAGUGGGCGCGCGAGAGCCGGGCUGACAAGCACGACUGGGAUCGGGCCUGGAUGCGUGAGCUGCUCACAAAUGGGGUGAUGCCUAGCCAGCUUGUGCGGCAGCUGCCAGCUGCUCUCUUUGCAGGGAAGCUCCUCAAAAACAGGUUUGUUACGGUCUGCCGACCACAUUUCAAUGAUGUCCUGCCACCUCGGUUCCACAUGAUCCUGGCAUUGAACCUGGAUGUCCAGGAUUUCGAGAAUCAACAAAUCGUGUACUACUGCUACGAUCAGGCUUUUGGGCUCUACCUGGUUGCACGAGGUAUAUUUGCUGGAGUUGCGAAGCCCUCGGCGUCGGGUGGACACAUUGAGAAGUUGGACUGGCUGAAAGCCAUAGAAGAGGAGCUCAAAAGAAAGCACCGCGAGAGGCUGAAGGCCCAUACCGCGGAAUUUCUGAGACAACGCAUUGAAGAGAAGAACGUGCUAUGGCAGCGGCAACUGGAAAGGCUAUCCCCGUACCAGCUGUUCGGAGAAGGAACUUACUUUGGCGAUGUGGAGGUGCUCUCCAAGCACAGCACGCACCAGCGACUGGCCACAGUGCGCUGCGAGUCAGAGCAUGGUGGAUCAUUGCUUCAGCUCCACAAGGACAAGCUCCACCAGCUCAUGCUGGAUUUUCCUCACUGUCAGCGCGCAUGGCACCUCGAGGCCACCAGACACGAGGUUCGUCGCCAAGCGAAGCUAAAGCUUCUUACAAAGUCGCUCGACCUCUAUGAGCUGGCCACCCUUGAGAUUCAGCGAGCCGUAGUGGCCGUUUGGUAUCGCAAGAGGAAGGGCUACCAUAAGCUCCACAAGAGGAAGGAGCAUGAGGCCGACGAGGUCGUGUCUGCCCCCUGCGACUUGGAAGGACUGGAAGGAGCUGAGCAAAUUGCUGCUUUGGGAAAGGAGGUGAAAGAUGUUAAGGGCGAGGUGACCAGUAUGAGGCAACAGGUCAGGGAGUUGCAAAGUUCCAUGGCCCACGUCCAGGAAUCCUUGGCUACCAUCGCCACCUUUCUUCAGGCAAACAACAAGGCAGGUGUUCCUGACAGUCAGUUGGAAUUUGGAAGUGUGGACUCUCAGAGGCAAAGGUUAUUGGUAGAGGGUGACUAA